CGAAAUCUAAUCACAGAUCAAACAGGACUCUCUCGCUCUCUAAAACCUCUUCUCUGAACUAUCAAUCUCUUCCUUUCUCUCUCUUCUUUCCCUUCUUGGAUGGGAUGGAGGUGAGAGCUUCCAUAUUGAGCAAAAAGUUAAGGUUCUUAGACACAAUUCUAAAACCCUAAUUUUCACGUAAAAUAGCACAGAUUCGAACGACACGGAACCAAAGAUGUUUCCGUGGAACAUCGCCAAAUCGGCGGAGGCGAUGUUCUCUCGGUGGGCAAUAAAGAGGGUUUGUAAGUUCUUGUUGAAGAAGAAAUUAGGGCAAUUCAUUCUGGGCGACAUCGAUCUUAACCAGCUCGAUGUUCAGCUCGGCGCCGGCACCAUUCAGCUCUCCGAUCUUGCUCUAAACGUCGAUUAUCUCAAUCAGAAGUUUGGUGGAGCAGCAGUAGUGAUUUUUAAAGAAGGUUCAAUUGGCUCUUUGUUAGUGACAAUGCCUUGGAAAGGUAAAGGUUGUGAGAUUGAGGUGGAUGAGCUUGAGCUCGUGCUUGCUCCCUGUGGGGAAAAUGUAUCUCAAGUUGGGGCUGAAACUUGUUUGUCCAGUCAAGAUAGUAACUACUGUAGCAGUCCUGACUUGGGGAAGAUCAAUCAUGAAUUGGUUGACAACCCUGCAGCAACUGAUUCUAUGGAUGUUCAUGAAGGAGUUAAAACCAUUGCCAAGAUGGUAAAAUGGUUGCUUACCAGCUUCCAUGUUAAAGUUAAAAAAUUGAUUGUUGCAUUUGAUCCCCAUUUAGCAGAGGAAAAGGAGACUGAGUUUUGCAGAACUUUGGUGCUUCGAAUUACUGAUGUGGAAUGUGGAACAUGCAUUUCGGAAGAUGCUAAGUUAAGUGUUGAUGCAACAGUUAGUAACCUUUUUGGAUUAAGCCGUCUGAUAAACUUUGUAAAAUUCCAAGGAGCAAUACUUGAGUUCCUUCAAAUAGAUGGUGUUGACAACCAAACAUCCCUUCCAUGUGCUUCAGGAACAACUUUUGGUGCAUGCUUUUCGGGAUGCUGCAUGUCAGACGCUACAACUCCAAUUGUCACUGGGAAAAGAGGUGGAUUUUCAGGGACUCUAAAAUUGAGCAUACCAUUGAACAAUGGUUCUUUAGAUAUCCGCAAAGUGGAUGCUGAUGCUUAUAUUGAUCCUCUAGAAUUAAGAUUUCAACCUAGUUCCAUCAAAUGUUUCUUAUAUUUGUGGGAAAUGUUUAAAGAUACAGGUAAGAAUAGAAAGGGUCGCAUUCAUCACCAGGCGAUGGAGUCUGUUUAUUUUAAUGCAGCAUCUCAUUGCAAUUCCUCAACUCUAGGUCCUUCUAUGUUUGCUACUGAUAAGGUGCCACCAAACAAAGAAAGUUUCUUCUCUGAUUGCUUCCCGCCUAUGGGGAAAGAAACGGUAACUGAUGCCCUGCUGCCAGGGUCCCAUCUUAUAUCAGACUGGGUGCCAUCCUCUGUCGGUAGACACCAAAAAAACAGAAUUGAAGAAGAACCAGAUUUUGGCGCCAGGUUGGUAUCCUUUCUUGUGCUUUCAAAUUUCAUGUCAAAAUUGCUCUGA